AUGGCCACAACACUAAAUGAAGAAAUAUCUAUACAAGAAACAGAAGCUCUGAACACUCCGAAUAAUGUUGAAAUCAAGAAGAAAACUGGCUUUAGAUACUUACUGGGCAUUAUUACAGUAGAACCAGUGGCGUUCAUAGUAUUGUUCGCUAGUAUACUGUCAUCUAUGUCGACACAGACUUUAGGCUUAGAAAAAGCUUGUAGAGUAAGUCUAAGACUCGAAGAUGCUAUCUGUGAUUCACUGAGAGCACAAAACCAAUCGAAUAACUUCACUGAUUACGAGAGAAUAGUCCAGGAGCAUUAUUCUGCUCAGCUAACGUGGAAAAGCAAUUUGCAGUCCGUAUUACCGCUCCCUAUGCUGCUGUUUGCUGGAGGCUGGAGCGACAAGACAGGCAGAAGAAAAGCCAUCAUUAUAUUUCCCAUAAUCGGCGAAACUCUCCAAUGCAUCAGCAACAUCUUAAAUGUGGUAUUCUUCUACGAAAUCCCGCUUGAGGCUUUGAUAUUCUUUGAUACAUUCUUCGCGGGGAUCACUGGGGGCACAACCAUAAUGUUCUUGGCGAUGUUCAACUAUAUCUGCGAUAUAACUACCUCGAAAAACAGAACACAGAGGUUGGCACUCGUCAAUUUGUGUACGUUUGCCGGAAUGCCGCUAGGUUUGAUGUUAUCCGGGAUAAUGUUGAGGCAUCUUGGGUACUAUGCCAUAUAUGGAACAGCUCUUUUUUUGCACUUUAUAAACGUUUUGUAUGUGACAUUCAGAGUAAAGGACCCAUUGAGGACUAAAGAGCAAAUUAUGACGUACGACAACAAAGGCUGCUGCCAUUUUUUGAAAGAGUUCUUCGAUCCUAAAACAUUGAAGGAUUCCUUCAAAGUGCUAAUUAAGAAGACUGAAGACAACCGCCGUUUGUAUUUAAUAGUUAUACUUAUGACGGCUUGUUUGUUGUAUGGACCUGUAUAUGGUGAAGUCUCAGUUCUGUACUUGUCGCUUAGAUACAGAUUUAACUGGGACGAGAUGCAGUUCAGCUUGUUCCAGACUUAUAAUUUUGUUAUCACCGCGAUUGGAACAAUAUUUGCUGUAGUUGUGUUGAGCAAUUACUUGAAGUGGCACGACGCCCUGCUGGGAAUCACGUCUACGAUAAGUAAGAUUGCGUCAUCGUUUGUCUAUUGCUUCGCGCCGAACGCGCAAAUCUUAUAUAUAGCACCGGUUGUGGACAUUCUGAACAACUGCAAUGCUCGCAAUAAAAUCGAUGUAUUCAAAGCUGGUCGAGUCAAAUGA